GGAACAGAGAUCAACGGGGUGUGGUGUAGUAGCAGCCUAUCAGUAGUUAGUUAUAACCUAGUAGGCAGUACGUUCUUGUGCAGCAGUGCAGUCAUUUUUUGCAGUUUUGGACUGGGUUGUGCUUCAGUGUAUUGUUCAGGUCCUUUAAAAAAAUGUCUUUGGAAAUUUAUUUGGAUUUGUUUUCGCAGCCCUGUCGCUCUGUUUACAUCUUUACCAAGAAAAACAACAUCCAGUUCGACCACAAGAAGAUUUCUCUGUUUGAAGGUUGUCAAUAUGGUGAAGAGUAUGGCAAAAUCAACCUGUUAAGAAAAGUUCCAGCAAUCAAAGAUGGAGACUUUUGCUUGGCUGAAAGUGUUGCGAUUAUGAUGUACCUGGCUGAGAAGUUCCACACUCCGGACCACUGGUACCCAGCUGACUUGCAAAAGCGUGCUAGAGUAAAUGAAUAUCUAUCAUGGCAACACUCUGCCAUACGGAUAUAUGGAUCCAGGAUACUCUGGUUCAGUCUUUUGAUCCCAAAAGCUAUGGGAAUUGAGGUCCCUAAAGAAAAGUUAGACAAUGCAGUAGAGAAUCUUGACGGAUCACUGAACCUUUUUGAGGAGAAGUUCCUGCAAGACAAGAAGUUCAUUGUUGGUGAUCAGAUCUCAUUGGCUGACCUGGUUGCUAUUGUGGAAAUCAUGCAGCCUUUAGGUGCUGGCAUGGAUGUGUUUGAGAACAGACCCAAGCUCAAGGCAUGGAAGGACAGAGUCAGAGAAGAAAUUGGGGCUGAGCUGUUUGAUGAGGCCCACCAGGCACUCCUCUCUCUCCAGGAGGAAGUGAAAACCAUGGAUCCCAAAAAGAUGGAUCCAUUAAAACCCAGAGUUUUGAAAUAUUUCCUCUCAUAAGCAAACUGGUAAACAUGGUUGGUUAAAACAGACAGUUAUUCAUGAAACUUUAUAAUUAUACAAAAUUUUCUCAGUUAUUUCAUAUACUUUCCAUUUUGAUGAACCACUAAUAAUGAAAUCAGCUUUUAUUAAAUUGUAAAUGACAUAGAAACAUUAAUGUUUGUCAUUUGAUUGUCUUUGUGUAGAAUUAACCUCAUAAAAAGAAGCAAACUGGGAAAUUGCAUGUUUCCAGGUGUGUUUACUCUCAAAUUCUGAAUUGCUGCACUCUCUGUGACCUAAUGUUUAAAAAACUAGGCAGCAACACACUGACACUCAAUACAGCAUUGUUCCAGAAAAUCACUAAACACUCAUGGGAAAGAGCUGGGAGGAAUGUUUCCUCCUUGUGUGUUUUUGGAAUGUAAUCAGAUAUUAUGUGAUUUCCUGCAGCAUAGGCUAUACUCUGCUUGCCAUGGAUAGCACUUUUUUGGUUAAUUUCUUGUGGAGAAAAAAAAAUGUAGUCAGAUUUUUUUCCUAUAAAUCUCUCAAAUAUUGUCGAUAAAAUCUUUCGUCACCA